GUAUAGUAAAUAAUUACCAUAUCUCUCCAUUAAAUUUCUGCAAACUAAUUAAGGUGUAUUUUUGACAGAGUGAGAGAAGAAAUAAGAGGAAGAUGGUGGGGCGAGCUUGGUUACUUACUGCUAUUGUUGGGGCGUUAAUAACAGGCAUCCCAGUGUGUUGUCCAGCCUCAGAGAUCACAAUUGGUCUAACAUAUGAAGAUAAGGCAGUAGACUGUGUUAUAAAGAACUCAAGGGAUAUGUCUAACUACUGCCUCACCAUUUACCAUGAAGGGCAGCCGCUGGCCAAUCAAGACUUUACUUGCUCCCUUGAUGAUAUACAAGUUUAUAAAUGCUCAUCAGAUGGGAAAUGUACAGGUCACAGUAACACAGGAAGGUGAGGGACUCAAUAUAUAUGAGAGAGGGGCAUGGACGGAACGAAGAGCGCAAGAAUGUAGAAAACGGAGAAGCAGCGGUAGAGCUUAUGGAGCGCUGAAGGACAACACUAUCCCUUCUGGUUCACACUCCUGCCCUGGUAUACCUUUUGCCAACAUCAAUAAGAAUCAUGUUGGCCGGUAUACGUGUCUCCUUCACGACAGUAAUGCCACAGCCUCCUUCAACGUCUCCUACUGUAAAGAUGGUGAUAAACUGGACGUGUGGCUAAGCAAGGGAGGACAGAAGGUAGAUUGUGUGAGUCCAGACGAGAGAAAAGUGGAUGAUUAUUGUCUGGAGUUGAAGCUACAUGAUAGUACAAGACCGUCUGACUUCCAGUGUAAAUUCAAGGAGGACGUGGUGUAUACAUGUACAAAUUUUAAUGACUGUAAAGAAUCUAGUGCGUUGGCUGAACGUGGAGCCGUUCCAAGAAGUGUCUCACAGAAGUGCUCGGGCAUACCUUUUGCUAAUAUGGACCGCCACUUCUUUGGCUCCUACUCCUGUUCCUCUCAGGACAGCACUGGGGCCGAAGUGUCGGGGCUUCAUAUUAUCUCUAUAUGCAAGGAAGAAAGUUUGCUACGUCCCCCCAAAAAGACAGAAAGGGAAAUGAAGACGAGUCGUGGGAAUUUAUUUCGCCAAGACUAAUAGGCAUGAUUGUGGGUAUAAUAGUGUGCGUGUUCAUCGUGACUGGCAUUAUCUGCAUUAUCUACCCUCGACUUCGAAGUCUCAACACUCAGAAAUCUAUAAAGCAGCCGCAAGAACAAAAAGAUUAGAAUGUCACCGAAUGUACAAUUUCCCUUAAUCCACAAAUUAUGGAUCAGAACCUCUUCAAGGGGGGCUCCUUGUCGUGGUGAAGAGGCUCUUGGUCUGAGGAAUUAGACCUGUUCGUCUCCUUCCCCAGACUCUGGUGGCCUGGUGGCUAACACUCUCGCUUCACACGGUGAGGGCCUGGGUUCGAUUCCCAGCCAGAGUAGAAACAUUGGGCGUGUUUCUUUCCACCUGUUGUCUAUGUUCCCCAUCAGUAAAAUGGGUACCUAGGUGUUAGUUGACUGGUGUGGGUCGCAUCCUGGGACACUGACCUAAUUUGCCCGAAAUGCUGAGCAUAACAAGGGGAUUUCUAUGCAGUAGUAUGUCAUUGUUGUCAGCUAGGCCUGUAUACCAUGUGUACAUGUACUUGUAGUAAAUAAAGAUAUUAUUAUUA